GUGCGCGUGUGAGCGAGCGGCCGAGCGGGCGGGCGGCGAGUGCGCCGGUAUUGGCAGCGGAGGAGUGGAGGCUGGGCGGCUCCGACUCCCUGACGCCAGCGCGACCAGAUCAAUCCAGGCUCGGGGAGCAAGCGGGCAGAGGAGGAGGCGGCGCGGCGUGGCGAGGAGAGCGGCGGAGCCCCGGCCGCGCGGGAGAGACCCCGGGAGCGCAGCGCCCGACCGGACCGACCUGGGGGGCCGCGGGACCCGCACCGGCCCUCGUGCGUCCGCGCGGAUGGGCGCGCCGCCGAGCCGGUGCUGACCCUGGGUUACUUUACAGAAGACUAGAAAUGACAAUUUCUACUUUACAGGACUCCAGACUAAGAAGCUAAAGAGAAGCCUAUGUAAAUAACUGUCGCCUCUCCUGCUGUCCUUUUUCGUUUGAAGACCCUUUGUUUCACAUAUCUGAGGAGUUUAUAACUAGUACCAUUAUGAAUGUGACAAGUUUAUUUUCCUUCACAAGCCCAGCUGUGAAGAGACUUCUUGGGUGGAAACAGGGUGAUGAAGAAGAAAAAUGGGCAGAGAAAGCUGUUGAUGCUUUGGUGAAAAAACUGAAGAAAAAGAAAGGUGCCAUGGAGGAACUUGAAAAGGCUUUGAGCUGCCCAGGGCAACCAAGUAACUGUGUCACCAUUCCCCGCUCGCUGGAUGGCAGGCUGCAGGUGUCCCACCGGAAGGGACUGCCUCACGUCAUUUACUGCCGUGUGUGGCGCUGGCCUGAUCUUCAGAGCCACCAUGAACUAAAACCACUGGAGUGCUGCGAAUUUCCUUUUGGUUCCAAGCAGAAGGAGGUCUGCAUCAACCCCUACCACUAUAAGCGAGUAGAAAGCCCUGUUCUUCCUCCAGUGCUGGUUCCAAGACACAGCGAAUAUAAUCCUCAGCACAGCCUCCUAGCUCAGUUCCGUACCUUGGGACAAAACGAGCCUCACAUGCCACUCAACGCCACCUUUCCGGAUUCUUUCCAGCAACCCAACAGCCACCCAUUUCCCCAUUCUCCCAACAGCAGUUACCCAAACUCUCCCGGAAGCAGCAGCAGCACCUACCCUCACUCUCCUACCAGCUCAGACCCAGGCAGCCCUUUCCAGAUGCCAGCUGAUACACCUCCACCUGCCUACCUGCCACCUGAAGACCCCAUGACUCAGGAUGGUUCUCAGCCAAUGGACACAAAUAUGAUGGCGCCUUCACUGCCCUCUGAAAUCAGCAGAGGAGAUGUUCAGGCAGUUGCUUAUGAGGAACCAAAACAUUGGUGUUCUAUUGUCUACUAUGAGCUCAAUAACCGUGUGGGUGAAGCGUUCCAUGCCUCCUCCACAAGCGUGUUGGUAGAUGGCUUCACCGAUCCUUCCAACAAUAAGAACCGUUUCUGCCUUGGGCUGCUCUCCAAUGUUAACCGGAAUUCCACUAUCGAAAACACCAGGCGGCACAUUGGAAAAGGAGUUCAUCUUUAUUAUGUUGGAGGGGAGGUAUAUGCCGAAUGCCUCAGUGACAGUAGCAUCUUUGUGCAGAGUCGGAACUGCAACUACCAUCAUGGAUUUCAUCCCACUACUGUUUGCAAAAUCCCUAGUGGAUGUAGUUUAAAAAUUUUUAACAACCAAGAAUUUGCUCAGUUAUUGGCACAGUCUGUGAACCAUGGUUUCGAAACAGUCUAUGAGCUCACAAAAAUGUGCACUAUACGCAUGAGUUUUGUGAAGGGCUGGGGAGCAGAAUACCAUCGCCAGGAUGUUACGAGCACCCCCUGCUGGAUUGAGAUACACCUGCAUGGCCCACUCCAGUGGCUGGAUAAAGUUCUCACCCAGAUGGGUUCACCUCACAAUCCUAUUUCAUCAGUGUCUUAAAUGGCCUCAGGCUUCUGCCUCCUGAAAACUAUUGAGCCUUGCAUGUACUUGAAGGAUGGAUGAGUCAGACACGAUGGAGAGCUGACAAAGGAGCCUUGAUAAUACUUGACCUCUGUGACCAACUAUUGGAUUCAGAAAUUUAAAAACCUUGGUAACAUACUGUUGAUAUCAAGAACCUGUUUAGUUUACGUUGUAAUAUUCUGUUGUAAAAUCAACUAAAAUGCAGACUUUUAGCAGGAUGUUGUGUGUAGUUAAAGAAGAGAUGGCCAAGCCAAGGACAAAUUAUCAUUAGAAAAAUGGUCCUAAGAGAUGCUUUUGUGUUUGGCACUUUAAGGUCAUCAUGUGGCAGAAGUUUAGCAUUAAUAGUCUUUCUGAAGUGUGUUUUUAUCAGGUUUAGAGCCCAUGGUGAGAUUUUUCAUGGGUUUUCAUAGUCAGAAUAAUGUUAGGCAUAUGCUCUUUGCUUAAUAUGUAUGUACAGAAUAUUUGGAAGUUAAGAAUUGAUUAGACUAGCGAAUUUAGGAAUAUUUGAGGAGGGGGGGGAGAGGGAAAUGACAACUGCAAAUGUAGAAUAUGCUGUAAAACUUCAGUUUGUUGCCUUAAACAAACUGAUGUCUGAAUUUUGCUGUGUUUCCAUUUUUUUUUAGAGAUUUUAUCCUACCUUUUUGUUUUGUUUUGUUUUGUUUUUUGGCAUUCUUCUAUGCCAUCCUCUCCAGAAAGUAGUUAUAUAGCUGGUUAAUUCAUUUAACGGUGAGAGUAAACGAGUAAUUCCUGCCAUACUGAAAUUGACUGACUGUAUAUUUCAAUAGCAAUUGUAUGGGGUGCUUGAAUUUAAUAAGCGGUUUUUAUGGAGUUUACAGAAAUAGGCUUUAAUUUUCAAGUGAAUUGUUUGCCAAACCAAGUAACUCUGUUAAAUAUUUGGAGGAUUGAAAGAACAUCCCUGUUUAAACUCGUUUCAAACUUUUUAAAAUUUUUUUGUACUAUGUUUGUUUUUUUCCUCUGUUAAUCUUUUAUAUUCACUUAAUGCUCUCAUACAUGAGUACUUUUAUUCCAAAAGUAGUGGGUUUUCUCUACUGGAAAUUUUAAAUAAACCUGUCAUUAUUGCUUACUUUGAUUAAAAA